GUCAACUGUGCAACGUACAACCCUUUUUUUUUCUGAAGAGUGGAAAGAAGAAGAUCCUUUUUAAGUCCAGACAAGAAUUAGACAUGGAGACAUCUCUUAAGGUUUUCCUCUAUCUUACAUGGCUGUCCCAGCUGGGGAACAUGGCUCAGAAGAGUGAAGAUCUGACAUCCAGAUAUGUGCAUCAAGAGAAACACUUGAUAUCAGCUACAGUUGGAGAGGACGUGACUCUGCCGUGCUUUCAUCAAGGAGGUGAUUCAGCAUGGAUCUUCUGGUACAAGCAAAGCCCGGGACAGAUGCCAAGGCUCAUCUCAACCAUCCAUGUGUUGCGGAGACAGAGCUCUUUUUCUGAUGAAUUUAACAACACGCGCUUUACAGUGAAGUAUGAAGACGGUACAUGCCGGCUGUCAAUUUCAGAUUUGCACAUUUCAGACUCAGCCACAUACUUGUGUGCAUCCUCCCACACGCAUGCACUGACCUUUGCAGAAGGCAUUACAGUCAUUGUGCAGGGCUCAGGGUUGAACCUCCAGGCUCUGGUCCAUCAUGAGGAUCUCAGCUGUACGCUUCACAAUGAGAGCUGUGGUGAAGGACACAGUGUUUACUGGCUCAUGAGCUCCAAUGAAACUCACACAGGAUUAAUUCACACCAAAGGAGACAUGUGUGACCAACGUGAAAGGACACGUGGCACACAAACACACACCUGUGUGCACAACUUGUCACUGAAUACGUCUGGGGCCGACUACUGUGCUGUUUUGUCAUGUGGACAUAUACUGUACGGAAAUGGGACCAAACUGGACAGUAAAUGUGAGUAA